AUGAAAUCGAGGAGACAACCAAACAUCCUGUUAACAGGGACCCCUGGUGUAGGAAAAACAACUCUGGGGAAGGAGCUUGCUCAGCGGACUGGGCUCACCUAUGUUAACAUAGGAGAUUUGGCUCAGGAAGGAGAGCUUUAUGAUGGCUAUGAUCAAGUGUACCAGUGCCCCAUUUUGGAUGAAGACAGGGUUGUGGAUGAGCUAGAUGAAAAGAUGUCGGAGGGAGGUGUUAUUGUAGAUUACCAUGGCUGUGACCUCUUCCCUGAACGCUGGUUUCAAAUCGUCUUUGUUCUCCGAACAGACAAUACGCAGCUUUACACACGGCUAGAAAACAGGGGCUAUACAGGAAAGAAGCUGCAGGACAAUGUGCAAUGUGAAAUAUUUCAGACCAUCUACGAGGAGGCAAUGGAAGCCUACAAAGAAGAGCUUGUCCACCAGCUGCCCAGCAACACUCCUGAGGAUCUGGAAAGCAACUUGGAGCAGAUAGUACAGUGGACUGAGCAGUGGAUAAAAGACCACAAUUAG